AUGAGUUUCCAAACAACUGAUUCCAAAAAAGAAGAAUUCAGAAAAUAUUUAGAGAAAAGUGGCGUUAUUGACCAACUCACCCGAGUCCUUGUUGGACUUUAUGAAGAGCCUGAAAAGCCAUCAAAUGCAAUUGAGUAAAUUUCAUUUAGCUUUAUAAAGCGUUAUUUGGGAACACCUUCAGAUAUUGACACGGAAACUUUGAGAGCUGAGUAUGAAGCUUUAAAGGAAAGAAAUGCUCAGCUUGAAAGAGAAGUUGAAGAGCUUCGGCAAGAACUUGAAAACUUAAGACCAAGUGAUUAA